GGCAGGAUUCCGGACAACGCCUGGUUCCUCUCAGGUCCUUCCGGCGUCGCCGGAGUGAAUUGAUCCGGAGUUGAAGAGGGCUCCAAAGGUGGGAAGUGAAGUCAGUGCCUCAGUUGCCGGUCAGUGUGUGUUUGGUGCCCUAUUCUUCUAUCACAAAAAAAAAAAGAGAGAGAAAACACUGCAGUGAAUGAAGAUUCUUCUCCAUUUCAGCACUGCUUUUUCUACUGUAGUUGGCUUUUGAAUGAGGAUGACAAUGGAAGAGAUGAAGAAUGAAGCUGAGACCACUUCCAUGGUUUCUAUGCCCCUUUAUGCAGUCAUGUAUCCUGUGUUUAAUGAGGUAAGUGGAGUAAAUUUGACAAAUUUGCAAUUGACAGUAACUUUCUCUUUCUUAUAGGCUGAAAAAGAAAAUCCAGGUCUCACACAAGACAUCAUUAUGAAAAUUUUAGAGAAAAAAAGCGUAGAAAUUAACUUCACGGAAUCUCUUCUUCGUAUGGCAGCUGAUGAUGUAGAAGGUAUCAGAAGAAAACCUUAUUUAGUUAUAGUGACCGACAGCAAAGGUUUGGAAGAGGAAGAUAUUUAUUUGCUAGAUAGAAGAUUUUUUUUUUUUUCCUUUUCCAACAGGGAUAUAGCUAGUGCAAUAAAAGAACUUCUUGAUACAGUGAAUAAUGUCUUUAAGAAAUAUCAAUACCAGAAUCGCAGGGCACUUGAACACCAAAAGAAAGAAUUUGUAAAGUACUCCAAAAGUUUCAGUGAUACUCUGAAAACAUAUUUUAAAGAUGGCAAGGCAAUAAAUGUGUUCAUAAGUGCCAACCGACUAAUUCAUCAAACCAACUUAAUACUUCAGACCUUCAAAACUGUGGCCUGAAAGUUGUAUAUGUUAAGAGAUGUACUUCUCGGUGGCAGUAUUGAACUGCCUUUAUCUGUAAAUUUUAAAGUUUGACUGUAUAAAUUAUCAGUCCCUCCUGAAGGGAUCUAAUCCAGGAUGUUGAAUGGGAUUAUUGCCAUCUUACACCAUAUUUUUGUAAAAUGUAGCUUAAUCAUAAUCUCACACUGAAGAUUUUGCAUCACUUUUGCUAUUAUCAUUCUUUUAAGAAUUAUAAGCCAAAAGAAUUUACGCCUUAAUGUGUCAUUAUAUAACAUUCCUUAAAAGAAUUGUAAAUAUUGGUGUUUGUUUCUGACAUUUUAACUUGAAAGCGAUAUGCUGCAAGAUAAUGUAUUUAACAAUAUUUGGUGGCAAAUAUUCAAUAAAUAGUUUACAUCUGUUAAACA